UGACAUAUUACGAAUCCGCAAACAGAGCGCGAACUUAGGCGCAAUAUAUCUCACAUACCUCACGCGUUAGGACAACUGUCCCAGUACAAAUUCUCCCGAGCCCUAUCUCGACGAGCUCUGGGACAGCACCAGGGCUAGGUCCCGCGUUGUCAUGAUGGCCGCACAUCUUCGCGCGGUGGAUGAGGAGAAGAAAGAGAAGAUUAUCCUGUCGAAUAAGGCUGGGGAGAGCAAGAGUCCUUAUGUUCGAGCACACUCUUCAAACCCCGUUGCUUGGCAGAUCUGGGGCGAUGAAGCUAUUGCUCUUGCUAGGAAGGAGAAUAGGCUACUUUUUGUGAGCAUUGGUUAUAGCGCUUGUCAUUGGUGCCAUGUCAUGGAACGGGAAUCUUUCGAGAAUGAAGAAAUUGCUGCAAUUCUGAACGAUGCCUUUAUUCCUGUUAAGGUCGAUAGAGAGGAGCGCCCCGACAUUGAUCGUAUUUACAUGAACUUUGUUCAAGCUACUACAGGUUCCGGAGGAUGGCCUUUGAAUGUCUUCGUUACGCCUGAUCUGGAGCCUGUCUUUGGUGGAACUUAUUGGCCGGGACCCAUAAGCAACACCACACCGUUUGAAGACCAGGUAGACUUCCUCGGUAUAUUGGAUAAGUUGAGCACUGUUUGGAAAGAGCAGGAAGAGCGAUGCCGGCGGGAUUCCGCACAGAUAUUGCAGCAGUUGAAGAACUUUGCCGCGGAAGGCACAUUUGGUGGUAGACUAGGUGAAGGUGCGGACGGUCUAGAUAUUGAACUGCUCGAAGAGGCCAAUCAACAUUUUGCUUCGACAUUCGACAAGAAGAACGGCGGGUUCGGAUCAGCGCCGAAGUUUCCCACUCCGUCUAAGCUCUCCUUUCUGCUUCGCUUAGCCCAGUAUCCUCCGGUUGUCGUUGAUGUUGUCGGGGCUGAAGACUGCCACAAAGCACAAGACAUGGCUAUUACGACUCUGCGGAAGAUGGCUAGAGGGGGAAUCCAUGACCAUAUUGGAAAUGGGUUCGCUAGGUACUCGGUCACCGCUGAUUGGUCUUUACCGCAUUUCGAGAAGAUGCUCUAUGACAACGCACAACUGCUCCAUGUUUACCUGGACGGAUUUCUUCUCUCGCGGGAUGCCGAGUUGCUUGGUGUAGUGUAUGAUAUCGCAACAUACCUAACCACUACACUAGCACAUCCAGCUGGAGGCUUCUAUUCUAGCGAGGAUGCCGACAGUCUUUACAAAAGAGGUGACUCGGAGAAGAGGGAAGGUGCCUUCUACGUAUGGACAAGGAGAGAGUUUGAGAAUGUUCUUGGCUCGGAGACCGAACCUAUUCUCUCAGCUUUCUUCAAUGUCAGCGAGCAUGGAAACGUGGAGCCAGAGAACGACGCACAUGACGAAUUUAUUGAUCAAAACGUAUUGGCAAUCGUGAGCGCGCCGAGCGAACUGGCUAGCACCUUCGGCGUGAAGGAGGAGGAGGGAAAGGCGGCAUUGAGAGCACAUCGAGAAAAGGAAAGAGUGCGGCCUGGCCUGGAUGAUAAGAUUGUUGUCAGUUGGAAUGGUAUUGCAAUUGGAGCAUUGGCGAGGACCGGUGCCGUCAUCAAAGGAUUCGACCCGGUCAAGUCUGAGGAAUAUCUUGGUUCUGCCAUAAAGGCGGCGGGCUUCAUCAAAGAGAAUCUUUACGACGAAUCCACACACACGCUAUAUCGGAUAUGGAGAGAAGGAAGAGGCGAGACGAAGGGCUUUGCAGAUGAUUAUGCAUUCCUCAUCGAAGGACUGAUCGACUUAUACGAGGCAACCUUUGACGAUAAAUGGCUGCUUUUAGCCGACGACCUGCAGAAAUCCCAAAUUUCCCACUUCUAUGAUAGCAGUGGCUCUGGAGCUUUCUUCUCCACGCACUCGUAUGCUGCACAUGUAAUCCUCCGGCUCAAGGAUGGAAUGGACACCAGCGAGCCGUCAACAAAUGGAACCUCGGCAUCAAAUCUUUACCGCCUUUCUAGUCUCCUUAAUGACGACUCUUAUGCAACCAAAGCCAAACAAACAGUUGCGGGCUUCGAAUCCGAGACUCUUCAAUAUCCUUGGCUCUUCGCAUCAUUCAUGCCCUCUAUUGUGGCCGGCCGUCUAGGCCUGAAAGGCGUAGUAGUUUCCCAAGGCGAAGAGAUAGAUGGAAACGGAAAUAAGAAAAUCAAGGAGUUUGAGAAGGCACCGAGAGGAGGACUGGGUACAUUUGCUAGGUUGGAUAGCGGCAGCACCUGGUUGAGAGAGAGAAAUGGGCUCUUAAGGAGUUUCGGGUUAGAUGGCAAGACCAGGAUCUUAAUCUGCGAGAACGGCGCUUGCCGGGACGAGGGCAAUGCUUCUGAAGCGGGUCUGGUAAAGGAGCCGCCCUUGGAUGAUUUGGGUGGUGUUACUGCUGCGCUGCCUGUGGUGGAGGAAAUCACGGCUGUUCAAGACAAAGGCUCGGGAGUGAUACAGGAAUAAUGAUACGCUGGAUUUCCCACGAAGGAUUUCUUGACCUUAUGUCGAGGUUUUGUACGGAGCUGGCGUUUUGGGAGGCCUUCUAUAUGAUUCAAGGCGAACUCGGACGGUAGGAAAUGCAUAGAUAGAGGCCAAUUAGGGGUUCACUUCAAUAAUGGAAAUCUGAACUCAAUCACCGAAAAAGGUGCC